AUGGCCGCCGCCGCCGCCGCCUCCAACUCGGUGGCUCCGUCCGGCCCCGUCCCGUUCAACGACGUCGACGAUGGCACGGUCCCGGAGCACACUCCCAAGGAGGAGUUCCGCGACCUCGUGGCCUCCCUGCCGCGCAGGGAGCAGUCCAUCCUGGAGCUGCGCCUGUACCAGGGCUUCUGGCUGCCGGAGCACUGGGUGCCGGGGACCAUCGUGUUUCAGCGCCGCUUCGCGCCGCGCCCCGACGACGUGAUCCUGGCCAGCUACCCCAAGUGUGGCACCACGUGGCUGAAGGCGCUGGCCUUCGCCACGGCGGCGCGUACGGCGUACCCGCCGGCCAGCGCGGGGCACCCGCUCCGCCGGCUCAACCCGCACGACUGCGUCCCGUUCAUCGACGACAUCUUCGCCACCGGGGAGGACGCGAAGCUCGACGCGCUCCCGUCGCCGCGGCUGAUGAACACGCACCUGCCCUACGCCCUGCUCCCGGCGCCCGUCGUCACCGGGUGCAGGGUCGCGUACGUGUGCAGGGACCCCAAGGACAUGGUGGUCUCGCUCUGGCACUUCCUCCGGCGCGCGAAGCCGGACCUCUCGUUCGCCGACACGUUCGAAUCCGUCUGCGACGGCACCGUGGCGGCCGGCCCGGUGUGGGACCACGUCCUCUCCUACUGGCGCGCGAGCGUGGCGUGCCCGGACAGGGCGCUCUUCCUCUGGUACGAGGACCUGCUGCACGACCCCGCCGGCAACGUGCGGCGGCUGGCCGAGUUCAUGGGGUGCCCGUUCUCGGCCGCCGAGGACGUCGCGGCCGUCGUGGACCUGUGCAGCUUCGAUGAGAUGAAGGCGCUGGAGGUGAACAGGCCUGGUAGCGGCACCGCGGGGAGGUACCGCGUCAUGCCGCGCGACGCAUUCUUCCGGAAGGGUGUCGCCGGGGACUGGGCGAACCACAUGACGCCGGAGAUGGCGGCGCGGCUGGACGAGAUCUUCCGUGAGAAGAUCCGAGGAACGGGGCUCGCCUUCCCGUGA